AAGGCAACACAACACCUCUCGUCUCACAACCUCUAUAGCAACAGUGGAGUGGUCUGAAGCAGGCGGAGAGUGGUUUCCAGCCUUGCAGUGUCGCGGUCAUGUUGAACACCAGAAUGACGGAGAUUGACUGGAACGUUGAGAAUGAGAUCCAAUUGUUCUACGCCAUGAUGGGCCACAAGCCUGUCGGAGUGAACAAACACUUCCAGAUGAUGAUAAUACACGACAAACUCAGCUCGUCACUCAAUUGUGAACUGUCCACACAGACCAUCUGGAGGAAACUGGAGACCCUCUAUGACAUGGCUGCCUUGGAUGAGUCCGAUAAGCUACCCUUCCCUAACACACAAAGUGACUUCCACCUUCCUGGGGAGUUCUCUGAUCUACUGGAAGAAAGACUGAAGCCUGAAGUAAAGGAAGAAAAGGAGGAAAAGGAGAUCAGAGUGCGAGGUCGGCCUUCAAAAAAAGACAAGGACAAGGAUAAUGACGCCAGGGAAGAAGGUGGACGGAGAGACCGAGCACGGGAGCUACGAGAGGAGGAUGAGGAUGCUCCGCGCAGGACAGGCAAAAGAGGGCGGGAUUCUAAACCAGCCUCUCCUGCCCAUAUGCCAACCUCCAGUAAAAGACGCAGGAAUUAACCUAAAAUGGAGAUAGGUAUUUCUACAAGACAUUCCUUGCAUCCAUGACCACUGAAGUCAAGCUGAAAGAUUUUGUGUUGUGAAAAAGCCACUUGUUGCACAACAUAUUACAUUGUAGCUUAAUAUUUAUUAAUGUUUUGAUAGUAUCAUAACUACUUUAGCUGCAUAGGGCAUAAUUUUACUCAAGCUUUAAUAUAGAGUUUUAGAAAUUUCACACAAAAUUGAUUUUGUAAAUUUUAUGUGCAUGUAUCACAUUUAUCCCUAACACUAAACCAGGUAUAUACCUCUAAAGGAUGACACUUUUAAUCUAAGCCUCUAUAGUAAUGUAUAUUUUUUGUAAAUUUACAAGACACAGUCCCCGUUGCAGGAACACACACAAGGACACUCAGGUGAUGUGGUCAGUUUUAUUGCUGGUAGAGCUGAGUGAUUUUGUAAUCCUAUGUCAGUCUCUGAUUGCCAAAAGAUAUUUUUAUUUGGUUGUCAAAAGGAUAAGAUACCUCCUAAAACUGCUUUAGGCAAGUGAAAGCCAUGAUGCCUUAUGCAGGAUGUAUUAUAAUGUAUAGUUAGAAUAAAUUUAAUUGUACA